AUGCGGAAUAUCCUUAACCCAAAAAAUGAAGCAUCCAUUAGGAUGACAACAGGCGGCUUCUCAUUGACAAUUUCAGCUCGUAUGGGAGGCACAGGUUUCGUUAUCGGUCCAAUGAUGACAGCAUGGUAUAUAUACCUGGAUGGUAAAUAUGUUGGACGACGUCUUCCUAUUGUUAUCAGAAAAACUCUUGUGGAUGCUUGCACUAAUCCAGUAUUUUCGUCAACAAUAAUUACAGUGAGUGGUAUGUUAGAAGGCAAACCCUUCAUUGAAGCUUUCCGGGAAUACACUUCAAAAAUGCUUCAUAUACUGAAGGUGGAUUUGUCAGUUUGGCCGCCAUCCCAGUUCGUGUCGUUUCUGCUGCUACCGCCACGUCUUCGUGUCGUUUAUAUCAAUGCUGUUUAUUUGAUCUAUAGCUGUGUAAUUUCCUUCAUUAAGCAUAAUCCGAAGUCAGAAGUUGAGAAAUAUCUUUGA